UGUGAUGCAGAUAAGGUCUGUUUGUAUUCUACUAUUAUUCUGCCUGGUGAAUCAUUUCUUUGAUACGAUGCUACUGAACUUUAGUACCUGACUGACUGAACGAAGUUGUAACUUAUAAUAAUUUAUAAGUGGUUCCCUUCCGUUUAAAAAACUAGCAGAAGUACAUAGCAUUCCAUUAUAACUGGUUUUAAGAAAUACGUUAUAGUUUUCAGUUAUUGUUUGCCAUUCUCUCUCGGUGCAUUGUUGUGAAAGAGUUUCAUUCAAGGGCAAACAAUUAAUUUACAAUUUGUGAAUGAAUCAUAAUUGAAUUAUCUUUUUGUGUCCUUAUAAAUCUCAGUGAUAAUUAAAUUUUGAUCCAAGAUGUCGAUGUAUCCCAGCUUGGAGGAUAUGCAGACCACUGAGCUUAUCAAGGCUCAGGUGGAUGCCAUACGAUCUACGCAACAACAUAACGCCAUGCCAUCAUACCCUGCCCAAGAUUAUGGCGCUCCAUCCGCACCAGUUUUGACCCUGAGCAGAAAUGGAGGAAGUGCUACAUACAGCAACGCCAUGGCAUAUCCUUCUCUCAGAGAUUUUAUGGGAAUGGAGUUGACCGAGGAGAUGAUUCGUCUGAAUAUGCCAGAAUAUGGUGCAGUUGCUGUUUCACAACCAAAUUCCAUUGUACAACACAACAAUGCUGGAGUUGGAGUAAUUGCUCCAGUUUCUGGAACAAAUUCAGCCGUCGUCAAGUCGAUGGUAACUCACGGCGUUCGUAGAGCAGUGGUCAGGAAAGAUGCAGCUGGAAAAGUUGGACUUCGGGUACGCGCAAUGAAUACUGGCGUUUUUGCUUGUCUCGUAAUGGAUGGAACUCCAGCAGCUAAGGCCGGAAUUCGAUUUGGAGAUCAAAUUUUACAAAUCGACGGUCAAGACAUGGCAGGUUUAUCAGUUGAAAAGGUGCAUAAAAUCUUUAAGGGUAAAAAUCCUGGAGAUUCGUUUGAGCUUGCUGUUCGUGACCGGCCAUUCGAAAGGUCAGUCUGUCUCGUCAGAGAUUCGUCGGGUUGCAUCGGAUUCCAAUUCCGUCACGGAGAAAUCAUCAACAUUGUUAAGGACUCUUCUGCAGCGAGAAACGGACUCCUUACGCAACACAAUUUGCUCGAAAUUAAUGGGAAAAAUGUCAUUGGAUUGAAGGACAAGGAAAUUUCCAAAGUUAUUCAAGCUACGCCUGGCAGCGCCCUGAACGUCACGAUUAUGCCGAGUUUCCUUUAUGGCCACAUGGUUAAGCAAAUGGAUGGGUCACUCUUUGGGAAAAUGGAUCACUUGUCUCCAGAAUUCUAAGAAAUUGAAAUUACUACGAAUGGACGGAAUGCAAAACAAUGAAUACAGCUUACAUUUUUUGACAAGAUUUUAGCUCUCUGUCUAUCCUUCGUUCUCGUUACCAUAAACUAUUAGUCAAUUUUCGACUUUCGAGUAUCAUUCCAAACUAUGCACUAUGAUAGUUAUUACUAUUACUACUAGUUAUAUAUUCGUUCCUACAUAAUUUCAGUACAAUCAAUUAUAUCUCUAUUAUCCAACCAUAUUCCAAAAUUCCAAUUGAGAGUAGUUAUAGCCCUUUGAAUUUUUGUCUGCCAUAUUAUCAAGGUCGGGCUUUUAAUGUUACAAACUUCUUUAAGGAAUGAACGAUAUGCAAUAUUAUUAUACAAAUCGAUAUGUGUAUUUUAUGAAUAAGUUCGUUUGCGCAUUAUUACUGAACGUAUACAUACUUAUAUGUGACGAAAGCAACUAGAUUAGCCAUGAAACGUACUAUAUUGCAAGUUGCCUAUUGUUUUUGGUACAUGAUUUGAAAAUAGUCAAUGAUUUAUUAUUAUAUUUAUGAAAAAAAUGAAUAAACAAAUUUUAAAUGUAAAA